GUUCAUCGUGCGGGUGAUGUGCUCGGUGCUGGGCCUGUGCGUGCAGCAGAGCGACCCCCGGCUGCGCGACGCCGGCGUCAGGGUCUAUAUCGCCAACCAUGUCACGCAGUUCGACCACAACGUCAUCAACCUCCUCACCUCCUGCAACACGCCUGCCCUGAACAGUGCCCCUGGUUUCAUCUGCUGGUCACGGGGGUUCAUGGAGCUGGGAGUGAGCGGGAGCCGAGCGGAGCUGGUGGAUUCCCUGAAGGUGUAUUCAUCACACAGAGAGAACCCCCCCCUGCUGCUGUUCCCGGAGGAGGCAGCCACCAACGGCCGCGCCGGCUUGCUCCGCUUCAGCUCCUGGCCGUUCUCAGUGUCGGAUGUGGUGCAGCCCGUCGCCCUGCAAGUGCUGAGGCCUUUGGUCACUGUGAGUGUGGCUGACUCCUCCUGGAUUGCAGAGCUGCUCUGGACCUUCUUUGUCCCCUUCACAGUAUAUCAAGUAAGGUACUAUCCCUCUCUCUUUCAUUUGGGGCAGGGCAUGGG